UCCUUUGCCAUGGCGAGUUCCAGCCAUCGUCUCUUCCAUUGUUGCUUUCAGGAUUGGAUCAACCAGCAACACCAAGACCUCCAAGAGCUCCUCCAGGUGCUUGACACCGACAGCCCCGACUCCGACCACCUCCGCCACCUCAUCCAGAAGUCUCUCCAGCAUUUCCAGGACUACAGCGCCACCCGGGCCGAGCUCUCCAAGCUCGACGCCCCUUCUUUCUUCUGCCCCUCCUGGAUCACCUCCUUCGAGAACUCCUUCCUCUGGCUGGGCGGUUGCCGCCCCUCCCUCGCCAUCCGCCUCCUCUACUCCAUCUCCGGCUCCGAGCUCCAGGCCCAGCUCCCCGACUUCCUCAAGGGCUGCACCAGAGGCAACCUCGCGGACAUCUCCGCCACCCAGCUCAUCUCCAUCAAUGCCCUCCACGGCUGGAUCGUGAGGGAGGAGGACCGGCUGUCGAGCAGGAUGGCGAGCAUGCAGGAGGACACCGCCGACGAGCCACUAGCGAUAAUCGCCAAGAAGCUGAGGACGGUCGGCGAGUACAGCCGGACUGUGAACAGCGCUAUCGAGACUCACUCUCAGGCGCUGGCCAGAGUGUUGGAGGAAGCCGAUAAGCUGCGGCUGAGCACCUUCAAGGGGUUGCAGGAGAUUCUCACUCCAUUACAGGGUGCUCACUUCCUGGUGGCUUCUAAGAAACUGCAUCUCUCCAUGCAUGAAUGGGGUAAGCAAAGGGCUGAGCAAGUGGGCGACACGUAAAUACAACCAAGUAUUUGCCCUUACUCUUCCCCUCGGAGCUAAAAAUUUUGGGAUUAAGAUCUUAUCAUAUGAUAAUAAUCAUAUCAUCAUAUGAUAUGAUAGCGAAAUCAGCAAAAGAGGAGAAAAGAAACUUAUCUAUCAUUCGAUAUCAUAUCGAGAUUGGGGAAGGGAAGAGAAAAUAUAGUGGUAGAAAGGUAUGUGGAGGCUAUGCAUGUGAGCAAUGGUCUUUUGUGGAACUCUAUAUGUAACAAUUAGUAAGAUGAGUGUGUUUACAGUUUGUUUUCUCUUGUAUGUUUUUUCGGCUUGAUUAAGAAGUUAUUUAUAAGAUGCUAUUUUUGUGUAAAUUAUUAUUAUUAUUAUUCUUUUUUGUGUAAAUUUGAAAAGUAAAUCAUUUUCCAGAGCUUCCAUACAGACUCUUCACCUAUAAAAUCAAGCUGUGUCAUUUCUUCUAUCAUCUCCUCCAUGGGGUGCAUGCAGAAAAUAAAUAAAUAAAUAAAUAAAAGAAAAAAAAAAUGUCUUUCGAGAGCUUCAAUGAGGCCUGGUUCGACCACCUCCAUGACCUCCUCCAGCAACUCAGGCUGGCACCCAAGGCCACAGCGCCGGACCGCGACCGAGCCCUCCUCGACCUCGUCCACAAGGUGCGGACCCACUACUCCCAGUACUACCGAGCCAUGUCCUACACCGCCCGCCACGACGUCGUUUCGCUGUUCGCCGCCCCCUGGUCCUCCUCCCUGGAGCGCUCCCUCCACUGGGUCGCCGGGUGGCGCCCCACCAUCGCCUUCCACCUCAUCUACACCCACUCCAGCAUCCUCUUCGAGACCCACAUCGUCGACAUCCUCCGCGGGGCUCACAACGGUGACCUCGGAGACCUCUCGCCGGCGCAGCUGCAGCGGGUGAGCGAGCUGCAGUGCCAGACGGUGGGGGAGGAGAACGAGAUCACGGCGGAGCUCAGUGAGUGUUUCAACUCGGUCAGUGGGCUGGUGGGGGCGGUUUUUGACCCCGUGGAGAACGUGGAGCGGCUGAGGAAUGUGGUGGAGAGGGCGGAGAAUCUUCGGUUCCGGACCAUUUGCAGCGUGGUGGAGAUACUGAAUCCGCAGCAGGCUGUGGAGUUUCUGGUUGCGGUUAUGGAGUUGCAGUUCUGGGUCCGUGGGAUGGGGUUGUGCCAUGAUCGCGUUCGUGAGAAUUUGAGAGGGUUUCGAGGAUUAUAGUUGUGGAGUUCUUUGAAUGUUUCUGUAAAUAUAUAGGUCCUUUUGUUUUUUUUUUGGUUUGUGGAUCUUCAAAAUCUUGUGCGGAUCAAACAGUACGGUGAAGAGAGUUUGGAAAAGAUUAGUUAUUUUCCAUUUUUAAAAAAAUUAAUUUAAUUAUGAAAUUUCAU